CGUUCCUUGAACAUAACAUUUGUUUUUGUCAGCAGUGGCCGAUAUAAGCUGUGUAGCUGUCUUGUAAAUUCUUUGUCUUCCAUGCUUGAAAUUGAAUAAAAUUGGGUGAAAUAACUAGCGCGCGCCUUCGAUUUACCCAAAAAGACAAGUUUAGUUCCUUGUGACUCGAUAUUUAUGUGAUAAGUCGGCCGGAUUCAGUGAGAGUGAAUACCCCAAUACUGCUUUGGAUUUUGUGAAUGAAUUGUGCAUUUGUUUGAGCCACCCCCAGUUGCAGUUGAAUUUUUAUUUAUCGUCAAUUAACAUGUGCUCGAAAUUCGUGGUGUAACAGAGGAUUAUCCUUCUCACUGGAGAUGUAAAAGUGAUGGCACGACGAAAGAGACACCAGAAAUCCAAAGUAUCUUGAACGUCCGCCAGACGGCAAGACAAGCAACAAUCCGCCUCAGCAUGGAUCACAGCGUCAAAGCUAUGACAUCCCCCCGAGUCCUAGCCAGAGUCCUCAACCCCCACCGCUUUGAGAACGACGAGCUGGAGCAGCUCUACCAGCGCUACAUCUGCAAACUCCAGCACUCGAGCGUGGCCGCCGUCGUGGCGCUCUUCGUGGUGCUCACCUGCCUCCUGGCCACCCUGGGGUUUUUCUUCGCCCAAUCGCCGACUGUCCAGAACGUCUACCAUGCCGUGCACUGCAUCCUGUUCGCGUUGCUGCUUGGUUUCGUCCACACGAGGUUCAUGCAGGACGCCUACCUUCUGUGGGUGUGCUACGUCGUCCUCUUCUUCCUGGCGACGUUCUGCGCGCUGGCUCUGCCGCUCUACCCCAAGUCCGCUCCGGCGAAGGUGGCCGCGGAGGGCACGUGGCAGGUCGUGUUCGUGGUGUUCCUGGCGUAUGCGAUGAUGCCCUUGAAGUCCUACAUAGCUGCUGUUUUCGGUUUCAUGCUGUGUAGCGCCCACCUGGUGGUGGCUUCGAUUUUCGCCACGGAUUUUCCUCGAAUGAUGUGGCAGCAGUUGGGUGCCAACGUGGUGGUUUUUCUUUGCGUGAACGUGGUGGGCAUCUUCAUGCACAAUCUAAUGGAGCACGCGCAGAGGAAGGCGUUCUUGGACACGAGAAACUGCAUCGCCGCCAGGUUGGAAAUGGAGGACGAAAACGAAAAACUGGAAAGGCUCCUCCUGUCGGUGCUGCCCCAACACGUCGCCAUGGAAAUGAAAAAUGAUAUAAUAUCGCCGGUCGAAGGUCAAUUCCAUAAAAUUUACAUCCAGAAACACGAAAACGUGAGCAUCCUCUUCGCCGACAUAGUGGGUUUCACUGUGCUGGCAUCACAGUGCACCGCUCAGGAAUUGGUCAGACUGCUAAACGAACUGUUUGGGCGAUUCGACCAACUAGCAAAUGACAACCACUGUUUGAGGAUCAAGAUCCUGGGGGACUGCUACUACUGCGUUUCCGGUUUGCCGGAGCCGAGGUCCGAUCACGCGCACUGCACCGUGGAGAUGGGGCUGGACAUGAUCGACGCCAUCGCCAGCGUGGUGGAAGCCACCGACGUGCAGCUCAACAUGCGGGUGGGUAUCCACUCCGGUAGGGUGCUGUGCGGGGUCCUGGGAUUGAGGAAGUGGCAGUACGACGUGUGGUCUAACGACGUCACUCUGGCUAACAACAUGGAAGCUGGAGGAGAACCUGGGAGAGUGCAUAUUACCCAGGCCACCCUAGACUACUUGGGAGGCGAAUACGAAGUGGAACCGGGCAACGGCGCAUCGAGAAAUCAGUACCUGAGGGACCACUGCGUCACCACCUACUUCAUCGUGCCGCCGGCCAGGCGGAGAAAGCCACUGUUGUUCAACACGCUGCAGGUGCGAUCGGCUCUCGGUGCCGCCCAGAGACGGAAGCUCUCCUUCAAGAAUGUCUCCAACGUGGUGGUGCAGCUGCUGCACAGCAUCAAGUACUCCAUGGAGGUGCCCUUCUCCAACAUGGCGCUGCAGCCCGAUCUCAAGGCCACCAACGCCAGGAAGGACGCGGUGCUAGACCUGCAGAGGGUGCUCCACGCCGAUCCUUCGACGUGUGACUCGUCACAACAUGCCGCGCAAACUAGCAGCAAAGUGCUAGAACUACAAAGGGUGCUCCACGCAGAAAUCUCACCCUCACAAGAAACACGCCAUCCCCGAGAAACUGACAGCAACAAUAAGGUAACUGAGAAAUUCAAAAGGCCCUUUAAAAAACGGCACUCCAGCGUCUAUCACACGCCCUCUAACCGAGUUAAUAAGUACUUAGCGCAAGCGAUCGAGGCCAGGAGCGUGGACAGGGAGAAAUCAACCCACGUCAACUUGUUCACACUCUGUUUUAAGGACAGGCACAAAGAGAACCAGUAUCAUGAUGAUUUGGAUGUGGGCUAUAGCUCAGCCUUAGUUUGCGCCCUGAUCCUCCUGGUGUUUCUGGGCACUUUGCAGGUGGCAGUGUUGCCCAACACCGUACUUUUAGUUAUGUUGUUCCUAGUUGCUUUUAUAUGGAUUUCGGUGGUGCUGAUGUUACUUCUGGCCGUCAGACUGAGAUGGAUAUUGUGGGACAUCUCCCACAGUUUCGCAUUACGAUUGGCCAUAACCGUGUUUACCAUUAUACUGAUUUACACAGUAGCCCAAGUUAAUGUGUUUACAUGUCAUUCGGGUGUGCCUUGCCCCUCCAUGGAGAAUGUCAAUGUGACGUUGAACCCGAAUGAGAAGCAUUGGGAGUGCCCAUUGCCUCACUACAUUGUUUUAUCCUGUGCCCUUGGGUAUUUGGCUGUGGCGAUAUUUUUAAGGCUUCCAAUUCUACUUAAGGCGUUGUUACUACUUAUCAUGUCGACUGUUUACAUACUCCUAAUAGAACUGUCCCAUAUUAAUCUGUUCCGGUGCUACGACGAUGGAGACAGUACGGUGAUUCCGCAGCAUGUACUUAGUGUUGUCGAAGUACUCAUGUUUGUCUUAGCCGUACUCCUGCACGGCAGGCAGGUGGAAUGGACGGCGCGGCUCGAUUUCUUGUGGCAAAUCCAGGCCAACGAAGAAAAACGAGAGAUGGACGCCCUGCAACACUCCAACAAGAGGAUAUUAUUCAACCUAUUACCAGCCCACGUGGCGACCCACUUCCUCGACAACCAAUUCCGCAACAACAUGAAUACUCUAUCACAGGAACUUUACCAUCAGAGCUACUCGAGGGUGGGUGUGGUUUUCGCCUCCAUUACCAACUACCACGAGUUCUAUACGGAACUAGACGGCAACAACCAAGGCGUGGAAUGUUUAAGGCUGUUAAAUGAAAUCAUUGCCGAUUUCGACGACUUGUUGUCCGAAGAGAGGUUUAAGGCCAUCGACAAAAUUAAAACUGUCGGAUCCACUUACAUGGCCGCUGUAGGUUUGAUGCCGGAUUUGAGGAUACUAGACGAUGACGAAACUACUGCCGGGAUACACCUGUCCACUCUAGUUGAGUUCGUUUUCGCCAUGAGAGACCGACUGCUCAACAUCAAUGAGAACUCUUAUAAUAAUUUCAUGCUCAGAGUGGGAAUAAACAUAGGGCCGGUUGUGGCGGGUGUUAUAGGUGCUAGGAAGCCCCAAUACGACAUAUGGGGCAACACUGUGAAUGUCGCAAGUCGCAUGGAUUCAACGGGACUGCCCAAUCACACUCAGGUCACCGAAGAGGUGUACCAAGUACUCAGGACAUACCCGUAUGAAUUCCAGUGUAGGGGGAAGGUGAAAGUGAAGGGCAAAGGAGACAUGACUACUUACUUUUUAAUUGAUAGAAAACAACCAGGUACCCUAAGGGUGGAAGAACUAAAUAGUUUACGUUCCAAUGCGAACAACGUCAACAACAAUUUAAAUAACAUGUAUGGAGGUGUAGCCACUCCUCUGGCUCUACUUCACCAUGGAGACCUGAACGGGAGACCAAAACACCCAGCACAAAACAGGUCUUCCACCAGGGACGACUCAUACAGAGCCUCGUCAAACGCUGUACGACUGCCCCCUCUUCGGGAAUCCACUCAUAGAGAACACAUAAACGGCUGUGAAAAUGAACCGCUACUGCCAGCAGUCGCUAGUAAAGGACCCAGGAACGGAAAAAAGUUACCGUGUGAGGAGAACCUUCCUCCGCCGCCCCUGCCACCACACAAAACCAAUUCGCAACAGAGUCAGAGGCAGCCCACACCAGAAAUGAAGUACAACCCACCUUGGCCGAGGCCGCAGAAUUCUUAUGCCGUGGUUAAUACUCAACCUGUCGAUAAUAUUAAACCAUACUUAAAGCCGUUACCCAAACCACCAGGAAAAGAAUCUCCGAAUAGACACCAUAGAAAACACCAUAAUAUGGUGCCGAUGCCCCCGCUGCAUCAAAGUAAGGCACAGGUUGUCUUGGCUCACCAACCCAUUGCAGCUUUACCACUUCAAAGGACACCUGAACGGACUCCCGAAUUGUUGCGAAACAAAAUCCAAACGAGGCACAACCCUUUGUCCCAGUCUCGCCACAGUCCGUUACACUCCAGGCACAGUCCGCACCACAACCGUCACAGCCCGUUACAAAGACAUUACUCAGAUGAGAGCCUUGGUGGCUUGUACAACAGUAGCGCCCCGCAACGUAUACAUUCAUCCGCCGAUGAAAUAAGCUCUUUGAACCACUCGCCAAGUAUAAGUAGUUCAGAUGAAAGCUACAGUAGAACUACUGAUGCCGACGGUUCACCCUGCGUGUCGCCUCCUCUACCAACGGAUACACAGCAGUUUCUGUUCCCCUCGGAUAUUCAAGUCAACCCGUUAUCCUCCCCCGAAGUGUCGCCUCGAGCUUCCCUGGACUACAUCCCUCCGAAUUGUUCACUGCGCAACAAUUCAUCCGACAGGGUGAACCCGAAAAGGAACAAUUUACCACCUAACGCUGUCUUAGCUCUGGCAGGCACCUGCAACACCGUCGAUUCCUCUAUAGUUACCAGUCCGCCUGUUCUAGACGGAGAAGAGAGUUGCAGAGGGGAGAGCUGUACCAGUUUCGAGUUUGUCACCCGCCCUAAACCCAAGCCUGCUUCGUUACUAAGGGCAACAAGUGCUAACGGUUCUGGUAUACCCAUCCCUACCAAGCAGAUACUGAAACAGAGGAGUUUGGACAAACAACGUAUUAGAAACGACAGCGAUUCGGUGCUAGAGUGCAAUAAAUUGUCUUCGAACUGCAAAAGAUCGCCCAGUUUUAAGGAGGCAGAGGAAAUCAGGCAGUUGCUGAAGGACGACGAUAACAGGAUGACUACAAACAGUGAGAAAAGUUCGAAGAGAGAUGGAUCAUGUCAAACAGACAAGAAAGAUUUGAGAAAAUUGAGGAUGUCGCCAACUGAUAUUAGGGAGAAAAUAUCCCCCAUCACGAAAGUCAACAACGUGGACAACUGCGAAAACCACCUGGGUCCCUUCGAAAGGGAGAUCCAGAAGCUGCUGGAUGAACAGAACCUGCUCCAGAACAUCCCCCCCAAGCUGGAGCUCAACCAGCAGAACAAAGACCUGGCCCUGGAGCCGCUUGUCAGGUACGCGCCAAACAAUAACAACCACCAGGUGGGGCUGGCCGCCAUCCAGGCCCUGGCGCUCGGGCUGAGGGUACACCCUAAUACCGCCGGCAAUGUUAACCUCCAGUGCAUGUCCCCUCCUCCCCGAGCAAGCAGCAAAGAGGGGUCACUAAAGAGAGGGGCCUCGCCGGGACCCAGCGAGCCGAAUAAGCUGGCCAAAGUGUCACCUCUUGACAGGGGUCCACGGUGCACUGAAGAAACCGAUAUAGACUGUGAUAUGCCUGAAGUUCCGAGACACGAUGAUGACACAGACAUAGAGAGUUUUGAACGAGACGAGAAAAGAAUGGAGGAAGAAGCAGCACGGGAAGCAGAAGUCAAGAGGCUGUUGGAAGAGAAAAUCCAGGAGAAGUUGAAGAAUCUCGAGACUAUCCAUUUGGACAGCCAGGAAGCAGGAGUCGCUGGUACAGCAGCUGAAGGUAGCGCUUCCGAAUGGUCCGAGGAUGAAGAUGGUGGUGCCUCUGAGCCGUUAUUGAAUGAUAAGGAAUCGACAGGGUACACCACCGACGAUCCUGCACUCGAAAAUAUCUCAAUGAUCAAUGAGACUGGUCUGACAGAUGCUGAGGGUGCUCUAAGUGACGUCAACUCAGCAUACAACGACCACAACCACGAGGGUGACAUGGACGACAACACCAGCAUGUCCUCCAGGGCAUCAUCGCGCAUCUUCGACUCGGAUGCCAUGAUGUCCCUAGAUUCGCUGAGUGCUCUUUACGAUUCCGAGUAUGAUAAUUGCUAUCGCACGGACGACGACUUGAAUGCCGUACCCGACCUAGACAGACUAAACUAUUUCUCAGUGCCUGCCAAUGAUGUGCAUCUCGCCAACAUCCGGUCGAUGAGCGAGAGCAUCACUCGGAAUUUCGGGCAACCACGCAGCGAAACGGACCCUGACAGUGACGUUUGAGUUUGAAAUGCUGCACGGUUAGUGAGACUUUGUGAAAUGGGAGAUAACAGUAGACCUUAGGUGCAAUGUUGACAGAGAAUGUCAACAAAUUGGUCUCGGAAACAAGGAUAAUUUGAGACGAUUUUUAUGAUAUAUAAAACAGAAUGAAUGAACCAUAGAUAGGAUUUUAUAAAAUGAGAGAAAGUGAUGAUCUGAAACAAGUUUUUUAUGUUGCUUGUGGAAAUAGUGAUAUAUGUAUAGGGGUCAAUGAAAUAUUAAAAAAACGAAGAUUCCUUUCAAAAUUUUAUACUUAUUAAAAAGUUUAAAAUAUAAAGGAGCACAAAUGACUUGAAAACAUAAAAAAAACUAAUUAAAAAUAUUUUAAGUCGGCCCCUAUACUUUUAUUUUUCACGGAUUACUUUUCGUUUCGAAUAUUCAAAGGUUACAAAGAAAAAGUAAAUGUGCCUGAAAGUUCGAUUGGAUAUUUUUUUUAAUGGAGUAUUGUUUAUAAAAAUUUGAUAGAUAUUACACAUUGGUGCUUCUAGCAUAAAACUGACUGAAAAAUGUGAUUUUUGUGUAUGAUUUAGGCGCUCUCUAAAAGAAACUCCAUCGUCCUUAAUAGUUGGUUGGAACCAAAGAAGCAGUUAUUAUAUUUAGCGAUAUUAUUUACCUAUAUUAAUGUAUAGAAUGUUUCUUUAUGUCUUUUUAUAUGUUGAAACAUUUGGAUUUUUUGGGGGUUCUGUGAUGUGUAUAAUUUGCACAUAGAACCCCUUUAAUAUCAAUGAAUGUAUUUAUUUUUUUUAUAUUUCAUUGACGUUUCAUUGGAAGGAAGAUAUUUUUGCAAACCUAAAUCUGUAGAAAGAAAACUGGUUUUGAUAUUUCUUGCAAUAAAUAACAGUAUUUUCUAAAAAUUUGUUGUUACCAUGGAAUAUUUUCUUGUAUAUUUUGUUAGUUUAAUUUUACGUAGUUGAAAUUGCGAUAUAUUUUUGUACUUAAAUUUGUUUUCUUUAUUGUAUAAUGCGUUUAUUACAUAACCAUUGUGUUUGCCAACGUAAAAAUGAAUAUUGUUAGAAAAUCAGGGAAGACAACGGGCCACCUCUAUAGCCCGGCGGUACGACCGAUUAGAAGCAAAAAAUACAUGGUAAAUAUAUAUAUAUUUGUUUUCUGUGAUCACCAUUAAUCUAUGUAAGCACUUAAACAAUAUUGGUGGUAUGUACAUAAAAAAAUUAUAAUUAUAUUUUCUUUAAAACAUUUUAGUGUUUAACUAUUAUGCGAUCUUGAUGUUGGAAUUUAAUCGUAUAGAUGUUUUUCCCCUGUAACAUUUAUUUGUUGUAAACUAUUUUCUACUUUAUCUGUAUAAAAAAAUAUUCUAGUGUAUGUUAAACAUGUUUUAAUAAUUUAUUGAUGCUUAUUAA